CCCACCAAACAUUAGAUGGCACACCCUCUUUGUUAUUGUACCUUGAGCUCGGCGUGGUAUACCCUUCUAUAUAGAAACUUCAUUUCAGGUAAAUAUGCGUUCUUGCAAAAGCCAGGUGGAUUUGGUUCUUUACAAUCAUGACCAGUCUCAAUCCUACAAGUGACGUCACCGCCUGGGGAGCUUCAGGUAGUACCUUCCAUGAAGUGAAGGACGGUUGAUACCUCAUACUUAAUUAUAUAGUGCAUUGAAACGUGUAAAAUCGUCAAAAAAUGUCCCGCCAGCCAUCCACGGCCGAGAGCCUUAGGUCCGCAGCAUCGGAAGCCACCCAUACUGUUGCUGAAACACUUGACCCUUCAGAGGACAAGAACCCCUCGAAAUGGCGACAAGAGGAAUCCCUAGACGGUUCCCGAAGACUUCCCUCGCAAGGCGUGAGCUAUAAAGAGCAGUUGGACGAGGCUGCAACAAGUGAGCAGAAGGGGUCGGAAGAGGAAGAAAGCAUUGUAGAAAGGGCGGCGUCUUGCAUUCUCGGAGCUUCAACAGUCCAAUCUGUAAUCCAAGGCAAGCAGGAAGCCUCAACUAGUGAGGCGAAGGUUGAAGAUGUUGGGAAGCCUCCAACCAGGCCUGAGAAUGAUGUCCAAGUUGAAGAGUUCUUGAAAGAACAAUAUAGAAGCAGGAGUAAAGAUGAAGAUACAUCGAAACCUGGCAAAUAUAAAGCUUAGAUAUAAAUUCUACCAACGAAUACGGCCAUCGAAGUUCAUGUAUGGGCCUGAAGCAUUAUGAGGCGUUAUGAGACAGCCUGUAGGAGCAUUUAUCUUCUUCAAUAUUACUGCUCAUGCCGCCCAAAAGUUUAAAUGCAGACUAUGGAUAAUAGCAGUGUUCAUAACAACUGUAAUUGCGACAGAGGCUCUCGACCACUCGUACCAGCCAAGUCUGAACAGCAACAAGGGCCAUGCAUUAGAACAGUGUUCACAGCAACGGCAGUCGAAACUACUGCUAUCAGUCACUCAAGUCGCAUUGGUUAUGACGAGAUAGAGCUAAUAUGAGAGUGCCUGCCAGAUUAACUUGAUGAGACGAACACUCAGCUAACGUGAUAC